AUGCUUGAUCGAAGUAGACCUAUUGUUUUUACUUUCAAAUUUUUAUUACAUUAAAUAUUUUGUGGCAAAUUCUUUCAGGAUCACAAUUCAAUUUUAUUAAAUAAGGCUAUGUAUUAAAUUUAAUUAAAAAUAGUAAUAAAAUUAAUUAAGAUAUUGACAUUUGUGUAUUAAUUGAUAAAGUAAAGGAAAUAGAAUUGAUUAAAGAAUUAUUAUUAAAUAAAGAUCAAAAAAUUUUGUUUAAUUUUGCUCCUAAAGAAGUUAUCUCUAUUGAAAAUGAUAGAUAAUAAUCUGGAAGAAGAGAGAAUAAGUAUUUAAUUAAAUUAACAUAGACGAUAAUAUACAAAAACACUUGGAGUUUAAUUUGAAGAUGUGGCUAAAAUGAUGUUAGAUAAAAAGUUUAAAAAAGGUUAGUUUGUCACUCCUGGAAUGCAAAUCUAUUAUAAACUAUAUUCAGCAUAUGAAAGGGUAGCAUUAUCAGAUGAAAAAAAUAAUCCAUUCAACAAAGUUUUGAUUGAGAAACUAGGUUAAGAAGUCAAAGAUGUAUUUGACAUUUCCAAUUACAUUCAAGGAGAUUAAAAUACUAGAUUUAUUGAUAAACUUAAAAAGAAAUAAAUAAACUAAUAAGAAGAAGAAUAACCAAUUGGAAUUAUAAGUAUGGAAUACAGAGAUUUGAAUUAAUCUAUGAUUAAAUGA